UUGAAUGGACCACAAGAAGCGGUUACGCCCUCACAGAGCUCGUGUUCUUCCUCGUCAUCUGUCUCAUUCAUUAUCUUCACCACCUUCGCCAUCGUGCUUGUGGUUCUUCUGCUGCACUUCAAAAAGAAUAUCACUUUCUUUUCCCUGCUGCGCCCGCUGUUUGAGAACGUCUUCACAACAGCGAUAGCAUUCUCGCACAACGACGAUGAACAUAUAAAGAUAGUGUUCCUUGGCCAAAUACAGCAAGAUGACAAAUACUUUAGGGGGAGACUGAGAAGAUCUGGCGCCAGAGUCUGGGUACACGUUUAUUUCACGCUACUCUGCAGCGUCGCCGUUCUCUGGUUUGCCGUGGUGUUCUCGGACGCCGUCCUCUACCACAAGACCGGUACCUGCCUCGAUCUGGACGUUCGAGACAGCAACGCUCGCUGCUUCUUGCUACCUAGCAAUGACGACAUCCCGCCGGAUCUGCAGGGGAUAAUCGACGAUGAAGAGGGAGAGGCCGUUUCUUGCCAGCGCGUGCGGAACUAUCUCAUCAUCAUCAACAGCAGCUACGUAUGA